AAACUGUUAACAUAUAGGAAAACUAACAGAACACACACACACACACGUGACCUACAAUAAGUAUUUGGAGUGGAGGGCUCAAUAGAUUCACUGAGGAUACCGUUCAGAAGGAUGGGAUAUACAUUUGGAUAACUUCAUGAAUGCUUUUUGAGAAGUACGCAUAAUCCAUUCUCCAUGGCUUGGCUAAAUUGGCAGUUACAUUCCUGGUCAAACAUAAAUGGCAGGCUCUAAGCCUCACGGAUUACUACUACAACAAGUGAAACAACAUCAGACCCUGUCCUCCUGAGUGAGGUCCACUAAAAGGCUCUGUCCUUUGGAGAACUUCACUAAGGGGCCUCAAAUGACAGGCUUUUGUCAUCCUUCUACUUGAUCUCCACCGAGAGGUCUCUGACCAUGAAGGACCGCCUGGAGGAGCUGCGUCAAAGGGCCCAGGGUUUUCGGGAGGUGAGCAGAGAGACAGAUGAUACCCCAUUCCCUGAGAAAGAUGCUAACCCAGAUGCCCCAUUGGGGGUUAAGGUCGCCACCCCGCAGCAGGCUGUGGUGUUCGAGCAAGAACCAGUCCUGCACAACUUCCUGUCCGAGGCUCAGCAUAUCCGCGGUGACAUCACUGAGCUGGAAACAGAGGUGAAGAAGUUCAGCCAGCGACAAAGGACCCUGGUGGCAACCAUGCGUCGUUUCAGUGUGAUGAAGAAGGACAGUGAUGUGACGACGGACAUCAAGCUGCAGGCAGAGAGCAUCCACAGACGGCUGGACGUCCUCUCCAAGAAGGCACAGAGUUUAGAAGGCCUGCAGGGACUAGCUACAGCCACUACACGCAUCCAACGCUCCCAACACGCAGCGCUACUUAGACAAUUCCAACAGGUGAUGUGUCUGUACAACAACUCAAUCCUCAGUAAACAGGAGCAUUGUAAAAACUUCAUCAUCCGCCAGCUGGAGGUGUUUGGUCGUGACGUCACUGAGGAGGGAGUCGAUGAAAUGGUUGCCACAGGGAAGUGGGAGGUGUUUAACCAGAACCUCCUCAAUGACGAACGCAUCACACGCGCUCAGCUGUCCGAGAUCGAGCAGAGACACAAGGAGCUACUGAAUCUGGAGAGCAACAUGAAGGAGCUGAGAGAACUGUUCAUGGAUAUCUUUAUGUUGGUGGAGGAGCAAGGAGGCUACAUAGACAACAUCCAGACCAGCGUAGAGAAGACACAGGACUACGUCACCGUCACUAACGAGAAAUGUAAAAUGGCCACCAGGUACAAGAAGAAGAACCCUCUAAGGAGACUGUGCUGCUGUUGCUGCCCCUGGAGGUGCUGCACAUAGAGAAGGGACAAGUCCCCUGAACACUGGAGAUAGCCCUGGAGGUGCUGCACAUAGAGAAGGGACAAGUCCCCUGAACACUGGAGAUAGCCCUGGAGGUGUUGCACAUAGAGAAGGGUCCCUGAACACUGGAGAUAGCCCUGGAGGUUUUUCAGAUAGGGAAAGGAAGAGCUCUGGUGUGGAGUGUCUACAGGUAUGGGAGGGAAAUCUGUAGGGUGGCAUGGCAGAACAGUGUUCAGAGAAGAUUUAAGCCCAUUACAGGGGUCAGAAAUCAUCCAGGAACAAGAGGAUUGUAAGAGGCUGUGCAGUUGAAGCAGGGUGGGAGUCAGUGUCUCCACUCAUGAGGGACAACUUUAACGCAAGACAUAAUGCAUUUUGAGAAUCAGCAAGACUGCUUACACACGUUUUCAAAACUGUCUCCUUUUUUCAAAACUCUACACACAAUUCCCAAAACUGCACACACAAAAUGCAAAAUGCCUCACAUCUCCUUCAAAAUGUAACACUGCAUUCAAAAUGCCAUAAACACAUGUCAGAAUGAAGCAUUUGCAUCAAAUGGCAAACACUGCUUUCAUAAUACUACAUUUUUGGAUAUUCCAUGUAAACACUGUUGUUCUAAAUCUAAAGCUCUUUGGUCUUUCAUAGGCUUAUUGUGUGUGUGGGGUCCCAAGGGAGGCAGUCCAGGAAUUGGUAGGGGGGGGGGGGGGAGUCACCAGUGCUAAGCUAUGCUUUAUCUCUUCUCCGGCCUGGGUCUGGCCACAAUACUUCGUCCACAUCACAAGAUACGUUUUCUCUUGCCAAACAUGGAGGGAAGUAUCUCCUAGCAUGGUGUAUCCAACCUUGGACAGAGGCCACCUCUAUGUCCCCACAUGCGUCCUCCAUUGCCUGGAGAAGCGGCAUGCAGGCAUAGGGUUGGCGAUCAUACACUUUCCAGCGCCAGGCUGAGAAGAAUUCCUCUAUGGGAUUUAGAAAAGGUGAAUAUGGGGGUAGGUACAAAUCUACAAAUUGUGGAUGGGUGGCAAACCAGUUUUGGACCAGAACAGCCCGGUGAAAACUAACAUUGUCCCAUAAAACCACAAAUCUAGCAGGCUCCUGAUCUGGAUCAGGGACAAGCAUUGUGUAAAUUGCAUCCAGAAAAGUGAGCAUGUGGCCGGUGUUGUACGGACCCAGUGUGACAUUUUGAUGGAGGACCCCGUUUUGAGUGAUGGACGUACACAUAUUUAUAUUACCCCCACGCUGUCCAGGGACAUCGGUAAUGGCCCUCUGUCCUACUACAUUUCUUCCGCAGCACCUGGUUUUGGUGAGGUUGAAGCCAACCUGAAGGAUAUACAGAUGAGUAAAUAUGGUAUGUCUGAAGUACUGGAAGUAGUGUUGCAUACAUACCUCUACAAAGUCAUGUCGCAUAUUCUUGACUGUCAGAGUUUCUCUCAAAUGGCACCUUGUAAAGUUGUUUCAUCGUCACUCGGUGCCGUUGGAGGAUGAGUUGUAUGGUCAACAGGCUUACAGCAUUGAUGUUGUUAAAUAUGGUGUCAUUAUUCAAGAUAUGCUCUCUUAUCUCUCAAAUCCUAAUUAAAUUGUUGGCCAAAACCAUAUUUAUAAUUGUAGUCUCUUGUACAUCUGUAAACAAGUGUCCUCGUCCUCCAUGAUGUCUUUGCCUUUCCACUCUGUACAGAAUUCAAACACAGUAUGUGUUCAGCAUAGGAACUGUAAACAAUGUACAAAAAAUGUAGACCAGCAUGAUAACCAACCUCAUUCAUUCAAUGUAGUACAGCAUGAUAACCAACCUCAUUCAUUCAAUGUAGUACAGCAUGAUAACCAACCUCAUUCAUUCAAUGUAGUACAGCAUGAUAACCAACCUCAUUCAUUCAAUGUAGUACAGCAUGAUAACCAACCUCAUUCAUUCAAUGUAGUACAGCAUGAUAACCAACCUCAUUCAUUCAAUGUAGUACAGAAUGAUAACCAACCUCAUUCAUUCAAUGUAGUACAGCAUGAUAACCAACCUCAUUCAUUCAAUGUAGUACAGCAUGAUAACCAACCUCAUUCAUUCAAUGUAGUACAGCAUGAUAACCAACCUCAUUCAUUCAAUGUAGUACAGCAUGAUAACCAACCUCAUUCAUUCAAUGUAGUACAGCAUG